CUGCAUCCAUCGACAUCCUGUAUAUCUUACCGGGUCGUCACUCCAUCUAGUGGGGGGACGCCCAACACUUCGCCUGCCGGUACGAGGCUGCCACUCGAGAAACUUUCUUCCCCAUCGGUUCGUAACUUGUCUAUCUCUUCUUCCAGCUCCACAAUCUUCUCGUCAGUCCUCAGGCCCUCGGGUGGGGAUGCAGUUGCCCCUCCCCCCCCUGAAAAGCCGGCUCCGGCAAAACCGAUACCGGCUGAACCGGCUCCGACUAAGCCGGCGACGGGAAAGAGAGGCAAGGCGAAGGCGAAAAAGGGCAAGGCGGCAGCACAGGCGAUGGCUGCGCCAGCCCCAGUGCCUGCGGCGAAUGGGCCAGCGCCAGCGGCAAGCCAGCUGCCACCGCCGCCACCGCCCCUCCAGCUCCCUACACCUCCCGCGGCAGAAGCCGGUUGGCAGGUGGUCGGGGACAAACAGAAGGGGAAGAAGGCAGCCAAAAAGGCCAAAGAGCAGGAGCGGCAGCGCCAGUUCAGGGCGCGCAAGAUCGCGGCUAGACCUGCGCAUCAUGGGUCUGGACGACUCGGUAUCGGAGGAGGAGUUGGUGGCCGCCGUCGCCAGGUCCGGGGGGUGCACUACUGA